AGAUUUGCAAACAUGUAUGAUGCGGACGAAGAUAUGCAAUAUGAUGAGGAUGAUGACGAAAUAACUCCAGAUCUGUGGCAGGAAGCAUGUUGGAUUGUCAUAAGUUCUUACUUUGAUGAGAAAGGCUUGGUGCGUCAGCAGCUUGAUUCUUUUGAUGAGUUCAUUCAGAUGUCUGUGCAGAGAAUUGUGGAAGAUGCCCCACCUAUUGACUUGCAGGCUGAAGCUCAGCACGCUACUGGAGAAGUGGAAGAGCCACCAAGAUACCUUCUGAAGUUUGAACAGAUAUAUCUGUCUAAACCUACACACUGGGAGAGAGAUGGCGCUCCUUCUCCUAUGAUGCCAAAUGAAGCCAGACUAAGAAAUUUAACGUAUUCUGCCCCUCUCUACGUUGAUAUUACAAAGACAGUCAUAAAAGAAGGGGAAGAACAGAUUCAAACUCAGCAUCAGAAAACCUUUAUUGGAAAAAUACCAAUAAUGUUGCGUUCUACAUACUGCCUCUUGAAUGGCCUUACUGACCGUGAUCUCUGCGAGUUAAAUGAAUGUCCACUAGACCCAGGGGGUUACUUUAUCAUUAAUGGGUCUGAGAAGGUUUUAAUCGCUCAAGAAAAAAUGGCCACAAACACUGUAUAUGUCUUUGCGAAGAAAGAUUCUAAGUAUGCUUAUACUGCCGAGUGUCGGUCUUGCUUGGAGAAUUCUUCAAGACCAACAAGUUCUAUAUGGGUCAGCAUGUUGGCACGGGGAGGUCAGGGAGCCAAAAAAAGUGCCAUUGGUCAACGUAUUGUUGCAACAUUACCUUAUAUCAAACAAGAAGUGCCCAUUAUUAUUGUGUUUAGAGCACUGGGGUUUGUAUCUGACAGAGAUAUAUUGGAACACAUUAUCUAUGACUUUGAAGAUCCUGAGAUGAUGGAAAUGGUAAAUAUUUUUUAUAUACUUUCUAUUGACUGUUGCCCUAAUCUCCUCUGUCAGCUCCAGUUUUCUCCAAUCUUAUUUAGGUGUGGAUGUGCCCCGCCAAGUCUUUGUGGUGCCAAAACGGUUAUCAGUUUGCUACUGGAGGGAGUUUCCGCUUUUGAAUCUCUGGCCUUUUUGGUGGCCAUUGCCUCUGACACAGGUCCCGCCCUCUUUGUGGAGGAGUAUACUCCUUACUGCUUGUUACCGGAGGCUUGUCACCAGGGUUCCAGGGGAGCAAAGCCUGGCGUCACAAAAGAAAAAAGAAUCAAAUAUGCAAAAGAAGUUCUUCAGAAAGAAAUGCUUCCUCACGUUGGUGUCAGUGACUUUUGCGAGACUAAAAAAGCCUACUUUUUGGGGUACAUGGUUCAUCGACUACUUCUUUCUGCUUUGGGAAGGAGAGAGCUUGAUGACCGAGAUCACUACGGAAACAAAAGACUGGAUCUUGCUGGACCUCUGCUUGCAUUUCUCUUCAGAGGAAUGUUUAAAAACUUGCUAAAAGAAGUAAGGAUCUAUGCGCAGAAAUUCAUUGAUCGAGGAAAAGACUUUAAUUUGGAACUGGCAAUUAAGACUCGAAUAAUUUCAGAUGGCUUAAAGUACUCUUUGGCUACUGGAAAUUGGGGAGACCAAAAGAAAGCACAUCAAGCUAGAGCUGGUGUAUCACAGGUGUUGAACAGAUUGACAUUUGCCUCUACUCUUUCACACUUGCGGAGAUUAAAUUCCCCUAUAGGCAGAGAUGGUAAACUUGCCAAACCAAGACAGUUACAUAACACCUUAUGGGGAAUGGUGUGCCCUGCUGAAACUCCUGAGGGUCAUGCUGUGGGCCUUGUAAAGAAUCUUGCUUUAAUGGCUUAUAUAUCUGUGGGAUCUCAGCCUUCACCAAUAUUGGAGUUCUUGGAAGAGUGGAGCAUGGAAAACCUUGAAGAAAUAUCCCCUGCUGCCAUUGCAGAUGCUACAAAAAUAUUUGUGAACGGAUGCUGGGUUGGAAUACACAAGGAUCCAGAACAGCUGAUGAAUACACUUCGGAAAUUGCGGCGUCAAAUGGACAUCAUUGUUUCAGAGGUCUCAAUGAUAAGGGAUAUAAGGGAAAGAGAAAUAAGAAUUUACACAGAUGCAGGAAGGAUUUGUCGUCCACUACUUAUUGUAGAAAAACAAAAAUUGUUGCUUAAAAGAAGACACAUUGACCAGCUAAAAGAGAGGGAGUACAAUAAUUAUAGUUGGCAGGACCUGGUGGCUAGUGGAGUUGUGGAAUACAUUGAUACACUUGAAGAGGAGACCGUUAUGCUUGCGAUGACACCUGAUGAUUUGCAAGAAAAGGGUGUUGCUUAUUGUUCAACAUACACACAUUGUGAAAUUCAUCCAUCUAUGAUUUUAGGAGUCUGUGCUUCAAUUAUACCCUUUCCUGACCACAACCAGUCUCCUAGGAACACCUACCAGUCUGCUAUGGGAAAACAAGCUAUGGGUGUCUAUAUUACCAAUUUUCAUGUUCGCAUGGAUACUUUAGCACAUGUGCUGUAUUACCCUCAAAAACCUUUGGUUACUACGCGGUCCAUGGAGUACCUGCGUUUCAGAGAACUCCCUGCUGGCAUCAAUUCUAUUGUUGCUAUUGCAUCUUAUACUGGAUAUAACCAGGAGGAUUCUGUCAUCAUGAACCGCUCUGCUGUGGAUAGAGGUUUUUUCAGAUCUGUCUUCUACCGUUCCUAUAAAGAACAGGAGUCCAAAAAAGGAUUUGAUCAAGAAGAAAUUUUUGAGAAACCUAUCCGUGAAACCUGUCAAGGCAUGCGACAUGCAAUUUAUGAGAAAUUGGACGAUGAUGGUUUAAUUGCACCUGGUGUCAGGGUCUCUGGGGAUGAUGUAAUCAUUGGCAAAACUGUAACAUUGCCUGAAAAUGAGGAUGAGCUUGAAAGCACAAAUCGUCGGUACACCAAGAGGGAUUGUAGCACUUUUCUUCGUACAAGUGAAACUGGCAUUGUUGAUCAGGUCAUGGUAACACUUAACCAGGAAGGCUACAAGUUUUGCAAGAUCAGGGUACGGUCUGUUCGAAUCCCUCAGAUUGGAGAUAAGUUUGCUAGUCGACACGGACAGAAGGGUACCUGUGGAAUUCAGUACAGGCAGGAGGAUAUGCCUUUUACUUGUGAAGGUAUUACCCCAGAUAUUAUCAUCAACCCCCAUGCUAUCCCUUCUCGUAUGACAAUUGGACACUUGAUUGAAUGUCUCCAAGGGAAGGUGUCGGCAAAUAAGGGGGAGAUUGGUGAUGCUACUCCAUUCAAUGAUGCCGUAAAUGUGCAGAAGAUUUCAAAUUUGUUAUCGGACUAUGGGUAUCAUCUUCGAGGAAAUGAGGUUCUGUACAAUGGAUUCACUGGUCGUAAGAUCACAUCACAAAUUUUUAUUGGACCUACUUACUAUCAGAGAUUAAAGCACAUGGUAGAUGAUAAGAUUCAUUCCCGUGCAAGAGGCCCUAUUCAGAUUUUAAACAGACAGCCAAUGGAAGGUAGAUCACGUGAUGGAGGUCUUCGGUUUGGAGAAAUGGAACGGGACUGUCAAAUAGCCCAUGGUGCCGCACAGUUUCUUCGUGAAAGAUUGUUUGAAGCUUCUGACCCUUACCAAGUGCAUGUUUGUAAUCUCUGUGGAUUGAUGGCAAUUGCAAACACCAGAACUCACACCUAUGAAUGCAGAGGAUGCCGAAACAAAACACAAAUAUCCCUUGUCCGGAUGCCUUAUGCCUGCAAACUUCUUUUUCAGGAGCUUAUGUCGAUGAGUAUUGCUCCACGCAUGAUGACAUCCUAGUUUAACUUUUUGUUAUAU